CCCACUGGCUGCUGCUGCUGCCUAAGCUUCGGCGGGCGGGGAAGCUGAGCGAGAGCUCCGGGGAGUCAGUACCAGCCCGGCGCGACUGAACUCCGGACCGCUCCUCGCUCCACCUUCGGUCGCUGAAAAACAAAUGGAAGGCCUGCCUGAUGCAGCUGUUUUGGCGACUAGACUUAAAAACACUCUCCUCCAAUACCAUAGCAUUGAAGAUGAUAAGUGGCGAGUUGCUAAGAAAAUGAAAGAUGUAACAAUUUGGAGGAAGCCUUCAGAAGAAUUCAAUGGACAUCUCUUCAAAGCCCAAGGUGUUAUAGAUGAUGUUGUCAAUAAUGUAAUAGACCAUAUACGACCAGGUCCCUGUCGCUUGGAUUGGGACAGCUUAAUGACCUCGCUGGAUAUUUUAGAGCACUUUGAAGAGAAUUGCUGUGUGAUGCGUUACACUACUGCUGGUCAGCUUUGGAAUAUAAUUUCCCCAAGAGAGUUUGUUGACUUCUCCUAUACUGUGGGCUAUGAAGAAGGGCUUUUAUCCUGUGGGAUAAGUCUUGACUGGAGUGAAAAGAGGUCAGAAUUUGUUCGUGGAUAUAACCAUCCCUGUGGUUGGUUUUGUGUUCCUCUUAAAGACAAUCCUAACCGGAGUCUUUUGACUGGCUAUAUUCAGACGGAUCUGCGUGGAAUGAUACCCCAGUCUGCAGUAGAUACAGCCAUGGCAAGCACUUUAAUCAACUUCUAUGGUGAUUUACAAAAAGCCUUACAGAAGACAUAAUAUGUUUAAACUUAUGAUUUUAUGUCCCCUGAAUCAACUCUGUCUCAGCUGUAUGGCCUGUAAAAAUCAUCCAUUCCUCUUCUACAUAGCCUGUAGAAAAAUUUGAAAUUUUUUGGUUUAUUUUAUUCCUAAAGUAAAUAGCCAUCUAAGAGGGGCAUUUCAGUUUUUCUAGACAGUUACAUGCACACUGUUUGGUGUGACAUUGUGUCUAGGAAUGGAGAGUAUGACAGAAAUCCACCAAGAAGUAGAUAAAGAGUUUUUUGACCCAAACUCGAGUAGUGCCUCAGUAUGAAUAUAUUGGCUACUUAGAAAUGAGAGAAAGCCAAGAUUCAUGCUGAUAGGGUAAAAAUCACCUAUUUUAUAGCUUUAUGAACAUUCUGUAAAAGUUUUCUAAUUUUUUGGAAGUUAAAUAUUAAUGUUUUACUUUCAGUAUGCUCUAUCAGUUUAACAGUAUCUUGGACCAAAAGAAAAAAGCUUUUCUCUAUACUUCAUAAAAAUGAACUUCAUUGUCAAUUGACUUGUAUUACUUUAAGUAUUUCAGGUCAGAAAUAAGAAAGGAAUAGAUAUCAUAGUAAAAUGAAGUUCAGUUUUGAAAACUAGAUAGCAUUAUUUUGUAGAUAUCUUUAAAAAUGUAUUUAUAUCUUUAUGUGCAUUUACUUUGAGAGUCUUAAAAACAUUUAUGCAUGAAUAAGUGCAUAAAACUGCCAGAUAUGUGCUGGGACACCAUAUUGACUGGGCAGUAUUAUAGGUAGUGUGAAAUGGGUGGUGGAAUCCAUUACUGACCAAUAGAGAAUUAUCUUUCUAAAAAGUCAAAUUCAGUGAAUGUUUUGUACGUUUCAGUCUUAAGUGUCACUCAGCUCAUAAAGAAUUACUAUGUUGUAAUCAUUCACAGUUGUGAUGUAACUUUAGUCUAGAACUAUAACAAAUGCAUUCAUAGAUUUAUCCAAAUGCCUGGAUGGGUCAUUUUAUAACUAUAGAGUGGACUGUAUAUGAUAUGUCCCUUGAUUCUGUGGCUGCCUUAAAUGAACAUUCCUUAAUGAUUUUAACAUUCCACAUGAUAUUUGGCUUUUGAACUAUCUAGCUGGUUUACACCUAAGAUGAGAACUUGAGGGAACUCAAGUGUGUCCGUUCAAAUUUUUGUCUGUAUUUAUGAUUGUGUACAUGCACACAUCUUGAAAUCUA